AGUAUGACUGUGUAAUUAAAGGCGAAAAAAAUCUUCAGACUGAUUUGUUAGGCUCCAGCAGACUAGAGGGUGUUACCGGCUCAUAUUAUAUCAAGUUUGAAAAGCAAACACAUGAUCAGAAAUUAGGCGCCUUCAAGUUUUCUUAUUGCACGUGCGAUAUAUUAUUUAAGAUUCCUCUUUAAAACUCAACUCUCAGAUUCCGGUAGCUUUUUUCUCCGCGGCGGGUUCACCUCAAGCGCUGUGGAUGCGUCUUCACUCCGUUUACAAUCUUUUGUGCUCUUAAACAGCGGUCAGGCUCGGUUAAAUACCAAGUGUGGGAUCUCCAGUUGUUGUCUGGUGCCGGAUAAGAGUGUGUGUGUUUUUUUUUUGAAUGAGGAUAUCAGGUCUUAGUCAAACGUGCACCGAGCAGCACGGGCUCUGAAGAAUGAAGCGAUAAUAUCAAUCAUCUGUGAUACCCUUCAGGACUUUGAAUAACAGCGCGAUCUACGAUGUAUUCGCCGAUUUGUCUCACACAGGAUGAGUUUCAUCCCUUCAUCGAGGCACUGCUCCCUCAUGUCCGUGCCAUAGCCUACACCUGGUUCAACCUACAGGCACGAAAGCGCAAGUACUUCAAGAAGCACGAAAAGAGGAUGUCCAAGGAUGAGGAACGGGCCGUGAAAGAUGAGCUGCUCAGCGAGAAGCCUGAAAUCAAACAGAAAUGGGCAUCCCGUCUCCUGGCCAAGCUGCGCAAGGACAUCCGGCAGGAGUACCGGGAGGACUUUGUGCUCAGUGUAACGGGCAAGAAGCACCCGUGCUGCGUUCUCUCCAACCCCGAUCAGAAGGGCAAGAUCCGCCGAAUCGACUGCCUGAGGCAGGCUGACAAAGUGUGGCGGCUGGACCUGGUGAUGGUCAUCCUGUUUAAAGGUAUUCCGCUGGAGAGCACAGAUGGGGAGCGUCUAGUCAAGUCCCCGCACUGCACCAACCCGGGACUUUGCGUCCAGCCCCACCACAUCACUGUCUCGGUGAAAGAGCUGGACUUGUUUCUGGCAUACUACGUCCAGGACCAAGACUUGCAACAGUCAGGAAGUCCUAGCAACAAUGAGCCUGGCAAGAACCCUCCAGUUUACUUGGAAGACAGCUUUGUUAAAUCAGGGGUCUUUAGUGUUUCGGAGCUGAUUAGAGUAUCCAGAACUCCUAUCACACAGGGUGCAGGAGUGAACUUCCCUAUGGCUGACAUGCCAAGUCAGCCAUAUUAUCAAGACCUGAACUCAGGAGUGAGUUUACACCGGUCCCUCUCGUCCCCUCAUGGCAGUAAGCGGCCUAAGACGAUCCAAGAGGACAGUAUGGAGACUAGUCCCACCGGGCCAGACUUCUACCCGUCCCCUAGUUCACCGGCCAGCAGACCCUGGCAUGAGAGAGACCAAGCAGACAUGUCCUCUCCCACCAUGAAGAAGCCAGAGAAGCCAUUAUUCAGCCCCACAUCUCCACAAGACUCUUCACCUCGACUCAGCACCUUCCCCCAACACCACCACCCAGGACUGACCACCGUUGGCCAUAGCGUAAUUUCCACCAGGAGUCCACCUCCGCUGCAGUUCUCGGCCCCCUCGCCCUACAUCUCUCAUGGCGCCAUCCGCUACCCGCCGCACCUCAACCCACCCGACUCCCUCAAGAACUACAUGCAGCCUUACGACCCGUCCAGCCCACAGAGCAGCCAGCCGAACAGCAGUGGCCAGGUACUGGGGAAAGUGCCCGGUCACUUCACGCCGGUGCUGGCCCCCUCGCCCCACCAUGGCACUGUCAGACCAGUGUCUCUCUCGAUGGCUGACACCAAGCCAAUCACCACAUCCUCAGAAGGUUAUUCGGCUCCAGGCACUCCCACUGCCAACCGUUUUGUGGGACUGAGCUCCAGAGACCCAGCCUUUCUUCACCAGCAACAGCUAAGGAUUUGUGACUGGCCCGUGAAUCAAAACAUCAGGUCAUAUGGCUCAGAGGAUUCCUCACAGGCUUUGGGGAUUUCUUGGCAAAGUCCUGGUACCUGGGCGAGCUUAAUUCCAUUCCAAGUGUCGAACGGGACUCCGAUUCUGCCAACAAAUGUCCAGAAUUACAGCAUAAACAUCAUUGGUGAGCCCCUCCUCCAGGCAGAAUCAAGCAAUUAAAGGGGGCCUAAAACUGGACCCAGGAGAGACAGGUCCUCGGACAAACCAGCAAGCAGCACUUAUACAAUCGACAUGGACCUUUAUUCCAGCCUCUCAAGGACAUUGGCUUAGCGCAGUAGAGUGAGUUGGGUCAAAGCGUUCUCUUCUGAUAUGAGCCACUCCACGCCAGUCAGUCAUUGUGUAAGAAAGUCCCUGAACUGAGAUACUGUGAUCUUUACCAUACAAACUUUAGAUGCCUUACUGUAUAUGCAUGACAUGCUAGUCUCUUGUUAGUGUUUCUCUUGUUCUCAUGUCACUAGUUUUGGUUUACAAAACGAUUUAGAAGGGGGCGAUCACACAAGGGCUGGCUGAUUGGAUGCUUUGUAAAGCAGGCUGCAAUUGGAACAAACUAUCAUCAAACAAAGGCUCAUCAUAUUCAUUACAUAACCAUAGGAACAAUUUUCAAUGAACUGAAUGUUUCUAUUUUCAUAUUACCCUCAAAAUUUAAUUUGCCCCUGGUGCAAAAUCUUUUGAAUAUGUAAUCAUGUCAAUCCUGUACUAAUUUUCUUUUAAGGUAAAGGUAGGAAUUUCCUAUCCAGAGUUAAGAACUCUGAAAACUUUUUUUUCCUUCAAGGAAAGAAAAAGCCUGAAUUACUAGGUAAGAAAUACUACCCUUUUUUAAUUUCCUUCGAAAACAAUUUUGAGAAAAAUAAGACAAUAUCUCACAAGAGGCAAGUGCAAUUGAAAUGAUUUUACUGAAGGGAAGCUAUCACAGUCUGUCUGCCCUAAGACUCUAAAGGAACGGGGAGUAAAUGUUAACUUAA